CUUUAACAUGGUAAGUUGUUCCCAUGGUGGCUGUCAUCACUGUAACAUGGUAAAUUUGUUCGCAUUGUGGCUGUCAUCACGGUAACAUGUUUCAGGUUACUAGUAUUAUAGUGGUGUUAUUUUUCAUACCUGGUUGGAUAUCAGUUUUAUAUGGUGUUGAAGUUGAUGUAGCGGUACCAUGUAAUAAAACCUGUUUACACGGCGGUCAUUGUGUUAUAACUCCAGAUUCAUCUUGUUUAGGUUCAGGUUUUAAACAAAUAUGUAACUGUCCACCAUCUUACACGGGUGAAUUCUGUGAGAAUUUCCUAAUCAAAGUGGAAUGUGAUAAAAUCUGUGAGAAUGGCGGUAGAUGUGUGGUUAAUUUUACAAAUGAAGGAUGUAAAUCUUUCUUGACGACUUGUGUUUGUCCCCUGAACUACUAUGGAGAUUUGUGCGAAACUUUUCGCGCUGAUCCUAUAUGUGAUCCUCCAUGUACAGCGGGUCAAGGUGAAUGUGUUGUCCUACGAAAUUCACAGUUAGCACCUCACUUGACUGAUGGAACCUACUGUAACUGUUCAAUGUCGGCUACCAGAUAUCACUAUGGAAACCAAUGUCAGCAUCUUCAACAAAAAGGGACUUGUAAUCCACCAUGUCGUAAUGGAGGGGAAUGUAAUUACAAGGGUAGGUGUAUUUGUCCACAACGACCAAAUUCAGACUCUCCUUACGAAAGCUUCGAGGGUUGCAGGGAAUUUGAUCCAGUAUGUAAUCCUGGUUGUCAGAAUGGUGGAACAUGUUUUAGAGGUAUCUGUGAAUGCGUAAUUACAGAACAAGGGUACUAUAACGGCCCGGUAUGUGAACAAUUUAUAGAAAAGAUAUGUAAUCCUGCCUGUCAGAAUGGUGGAACAUGUAGAAGAGGUUUCUGUCGCUGUAAACAAAACAAUUUAUGGGAAUAUUACGGAUCUGCAUGUGAACAGUUUCAAGACUACAGGAGAUGUAGUCCCCCUUGUGAAGAUGACAGUGUGUGUCAGUAUAGUUUUUGUCGAUGCAUCUCAAAUGCUAGCCAGUAUAUAUCUGGUUCCGGUUGUUCUAAUGUGAUAGAAUGCGUGGGUGGCUGUUUAAAUGGAGGUACAUGUGAUUAUGGAGGUAAAUGUAGAUGCCUAAAGGAAUACACAGGUUUCAACUGUGAAACAUAUACAGGGUGUCCAUGUCUGAAUAACGGACGGUGCGUUGAUGACGAAUGUCACUGUGUAGCAAAUGAAACUGGAACGUUCAAUGAAGACCUUUGUAGUAACUUCAUCUUUCAUUAUCCAUGUUACCCACCAGUUCUGAAUGGUGGAUUGUGUUCUGGUGGCAAUAUUUUUUGUCUCUACGACGAUGUAGGAUAUUUCCAUGGUGACCAAUGUGAGAAGUACAGUUUAAAAAACUGUGGCAGUAGUUGUUUAGAGCCAGAAGUGUGUUUAGAGGAGGGUUGUAUCUGUCCAUACAACUUAACAGAGCGUCACUUCACCUAUACAAAUGACAAUGGCAGAUGUAAAGGACAAUAUUAUCUGUAAGUGAAAAUAGGUAUUUAUAGCAUUAUUAGGAGUUCCGGGGUAUGAGUGUAAUUUUAAUGGUGCGCUAACCCUUACCG